AUGCCAAACUUGAAGAGCUCCUUGAUUCUCUCGGCCUACAUCAUCAUCUUCCUUACUGGUCUUCCUGCAAACCUCCUGGCCCUGAGGGCCUUCAUUGGUCGGGUCCGCCAGCCCCACCCUGCACCGGUCCACAUCCUCCUGCUCAGCCUGACGCUGGCAGACCUUCUGCUGCUGCUGCUGCUGCCCUUCAAGAUCAUUGAGGCUGCAUCUGACUUCCACUGGUACCUGCCUGAGAUUGUCUGUGCCCUCACAGGAUUCGGCUUCUACAGCAGCAUCUACUGCAGCACGUGGCUCCUGGCAGGCAUCAGCAUCGAGCGCUACCUGGGAGUGGCUUUCCCCGUGCAGUACAAGCUGUCCCGCCGGCCUAUGUAUGGAGUGAUUGCUGCUCUGGUCGCCUGGAUCAUGUCUUUUGGUCACUGCACCAUCGUGAUCAUCGUUCAGUACUUGAACUCGACCGAGAGUGGCACAAAUACAAAUGAAAUUACCUGCUAUGAGAACUUCACCGAUGACCAGCUGACGGUGGUGAUUCCUGUGCGGCUGGAGCUGUGCCUGGUCCUCUUCUUCAUCCCCAUGGGGGUCACCAUCUUCUGCUACUGGCGCUUUGUGUGGAUCAUGCUCACCCAGCCCCAUGUCGGGGUCCAGAGGCGGCGCCGGGCUGUGGGGCUGGCUGUUGUGACACUCCUCAAUUUCUUGGUGUGCUUUGGGCCUUAUAACGUGUCCCACCUGGUGGGAUUUUACACCAAGAAAAGUCCCAAAUGGCGAGCAGAAGCUGUGGUAUUCAGUUCCCUCAACGCCAGUCUGGACCCCCUGCUUUUCUACUUCUCUUCUUCAGAUGUGCGCAGAACCGUCGGAAAGGGGCUUCAGAUGCUGCGGAAUCAGGGCUCCUCUCUGUUGGGACGCAGAGGCAGAGAGAUAAUGGAGAUGACAAGUGGGAACAGGGGUGUGAGUCAAGCAGAAGGAGGACCAAGUUCUGACUUCACCACAGACUAG